GCAGAUGAUUUGUCCAAAAUAUCGCAGUGAAAUCGAUAAACGUAGAAAGACUUUACAAAUUUUAUCUCAGAUGCAAUUUUAAGAGCUAACAGGGGUAGUGAACAGUCACUCUUCUACACGAAAGAGGUUUGAUGAGACUUCUUUCACAAGCGUAGUGUUGGUUUUAUGUUAUACCAGGAACUCAACUGCAGUUUUAUUAACGACACGUUUAUGAACAAUCAAAUGGUCCUCGUAAAAAUUUAUUGAAGGACAUAAAAGCAUGCACGACCACUUGACGAAUAUAGCCGCAGUUGUGGUGCGUUUUCGGGCGUCUUACUAUUCCCACCGCCCCGAUUUGUUUAAAACUCCUUUUUAUGAGGGAUAUCCCAAUUGUAUUUAUUUGAAACUAGUGCAAAAUAGGACUUCAGUGCGUAAAAACAACCCUUUAGACAACACAAGCACCGUAUAUUUGUCACAAUUAUUCCAUUGGGUCAUUUCCAGUUGUAUAAAAUUAAUACUGAAGCUGAGAAAAACAUGUAUAACCGUUUAUUUUGUCUAAUUGCAUUUAAUAAAUAACAUUGUGAAGUGUGAGAUGCGCACAAGGCUAGCCAAAGCACAGUAGCAUUGGCUCGACAGAGAUUGAUUACACCAACAAAUAGUGCCUUUUUAGUACCGUUAACGCACACUUUGCUGUCCAGUAUAAGUUCAAAUAAUUAUCUACGUUAAUCAGUUGCCUCAUAAUACAUUAGAAACGCAGCAUUUUAAUAUGUUUACGUUCAUUGUAAAAAGACAAUAUUAGUAUUAAGCAACCUUACUGCAAGCUCGAAGUGCAUUGCUGUUCCAGGAGAACGCGCGCAUUGAUCUGCUGUGCAGUUUUUUUUCUGGGGUAAAUUCAAUCACGUGUUCCACAGGCGUCCAAUCCCAGCUGGGGAAGCUUUCUGAAAUAAUUACCUGUCUUGAUUGUUCUACGGUCAGAUAAAAAAGUACACAUACACUCCAUAUAAUAAUCGGAUGCAUGUAAAAGAGAAGGGAAACAUCGCCAUGUCGGCUACGGGUCCCAUAAGUAAUUAUUAUGUGGAUUCCUUGAUCAACCAUGAGAGCGAGGAUGUUCUGUCGAGUCGUUUCACAGCCACUGGUCCGAUAUCCUCCAGCUCACGCCCGACGCCCCUGGUACCGGAAUGCGCGGAUUACCCGUCCUGCAGCUUUGCCCCGAAACCACCAGUCUUUACUACCUCGUGGGCCCCUGUUCACUCCCAGUCGUCAGUAGUUUACCAUCCAUACACUCACCAACCUCACCUAGGCACAGACUCAAGGUACGUUCGCUCUUGGCUGGAGCCUAUCCCCGGUACCGUGUCUUUUCCAGGAUAUGCAGGGAAUAGCAGGCACUACGGGCUGAAGCCCGACACCUUCCAGGAUCCCCGCGCCGGAGACUGUUUGGGCUCGAACGGACGCACUUACACGGAUUAUCUCUACUGUUCAGCUGUCGACAUUAGAGAAAAGCAACAGAAUACACCAUCGCCAGAGACGGAGAGCCUGUCUUCCGGGAAGCACAAAGACGACAAGGCUGAAUUAGACCCAAAUAAUCCUGUGGCAAACUGGAUCCAUGCGCGCUCAACUCGAAAGAAACGUUGUCCAUACACCAAGUAUCAAACACUCGAACUCGAAAAGGAAUUUUUAUUCAAUAUGUACCUCACAAGAGACCGACGAUAUGAGGUAGCAAGGGUGCUGAACCUAACGGAGCGACAAGUCAAAAUCUGGUUCCAGAACCGACGGAUGAAGAUGAAGAAAAUGAACAAGGAAAAAAACGACAGUAAAGAACAAUAGACCAAAAGUCAUUAAUCGGACACAGACUGAAGGAAAUUCAUCAUUUAGUACGGUCAUGAGUCUUAACAUUUGCACCUUCGGCCCAUAAAAGGAACAGAGAAAACAAAUAUCCUAUACGGAUCUCUUUAAAACGUGUUGUUAUUAGUAUGGUUUAAUAUAAAUGUAAUUUUUACCAUCCUGGAUUGAGUCAUAUUAAUAUUAUACGUAGUUUGGAUUUACAUAACGUUUCUUUACUCACAAACACAAACGUGGACUCUGAAGAGAGGCUACCCCGAAGUUUCAGAGAGAAAAAUUACUUGAACUACUUUAUUUUGAAAUUCCUAAUUUAUGCUAUAUCUUCGUGGUUGUUUCUUUUCUAUGCUUCCAUUUAUUUGUAGGAGGUUUGAAAGCCAAGUAUUUUAUAAAGAAUAACAAUUCUGUAGUUAAAAAUACGUGUUUGCGUCGAUGUGAUUAGUUUGUUUCUGAUGUACCUGUUUGUGUAUUUUACAUUCUUUAAACUGUAAAUGAGUUUCAUCAUAGAUUGUAGAUAUAUCCAAAUAUAUACAACCAUGUUAAUAUGAUUUUUGUGUCUUAUUCCAUUCAUUUAGGAGCACAAAGUUGACAAUUUCGCAGUGAAAACUCAUGCAGGAAGGAGUUAAGUGUGUGCUAUCCAGUUUUAGCAUAGAGUUCGGCCUGCAACGACAAUGUUGUCGUGUGGAAAGUAUCUAAGCUGGAGUAUGUGCACUGUUGUAAGGUCACUAUAAAGUGUUUGUGUGAAUGCCAAAAUAUUACAUUUGCACAUCCCAAAGAACAAAUACUGAAAUGCCUGUGGUAGGCCUCAUUCACUCCCGUGCCUUAUUUAUCAUCAUAUUUAGUUUUUUAUCGGUAGCUUGUUUCCAAGCACUUACGAAACUCAUUUCUCCCACUCAUUUUUAUAUUUUAUUUGAUUUCAUGAUUUAAAAAACAUAGUUAAUAAAGAGUUUAUUAAAUUAUAA